AUGGCGAAUAACGACGAGGGGAGAGAGGGACACGGGUUACCGUUCAGCACAAUGGUCAUUGCCAUCCUCGUUCCCUCCGUCAUGGUCGUUGUUGUCGUCGGGCUGAUUGUACUUAUUCAGGCACAGCAUUUCUGCGACUGGCUGGCUGGGCAAAAGGAGAAGCAUCCAGGGUCGGUGCCGGCAGUGGAUCCAUUGUGUGCAAUCUGUCUAGAGGAAUUCGAGGCCGAGGCGCAAGUAAGAGGAUUGCAGUGCAGUCAUGCGUUUCAUUCACAGUGCUUGGAUGAGUGGUUCACGCGGUAUAAUGAGUUUUGUCCUCUUUGCCAUCGGGCGAUUAUCCCGGGGAGGAGAGCGGUGAAGAAGAAGCCGAGGGAGAGGACGGUUGGAUUGCCGGUUGUUAUGAUGGUUUGA